UGACUCUCCGUCUCACUCGCCGUGGUGCUAGAGAAGCAGGAGGAGGUUGUUCGAUGGCGGGCCGCGGCAAGCUGAUCGCUGUGAUCGGGGACCAGGACACGUGCACGGGCUUCCUGCUGGGCGGCGUGGGAGAGCUGAACAAGAACCGCAAGCCCAACUUCCUCGUGGUGGAGAAGGAGACGAGCGUCACGGAGAUCGAGGAGACCUUCAAGAGCUUCCUCGUUCGCGACGACAUCGCCAUCAUCCUCAUCAACCAGUUCAUCGCCGAGAUGAUCCGCCACGUGGUGGACGCUCACAACCGCUCCAUCCCAGCCGUGCUGGAGAUCCCCUCCAAGGAGCACCCCUACGACGCCACCAAGGACUCGGUGCUGCGCCGCGCGCGCGGCAUGUACAGCGCGGAAGACGCGCGGUAGUGAGCUCGCCCGCCCGCUCCACCGCAUGCUCUGCUCGACCACCCGCUCGCCCACUUGCUCGUCUGCUAACGCACUCGCUCAUCCGCCUGCACACCCACUCGCCCACUUGCUCGCCCACUCGCUCGCCCACUCGCUCAUCCGCUUGCACACCUACUCACUCGCUAAACCCCUCGCUCAUCUAUUCGUCCGCUUACCAAUGCGUCAACCCACUCCCAGUGUCUGUCGCUAUAUUGCUGAAGUGUCACCCACUUACUGAGUCAUCAUCAUCAUCAGCCAUGGUAAUUCCACUGCUGGAUGAAGGCUUCCCCCAAACAUGUCGCCAUCUCGCGCGGUACCCUGCGAUGUGUUAAUCCACCCGGCUGCACCCCCUCGGGCACGCUGCAGCGUCCCUCUGCAGCGUCCCUCGGCUGCCGCCCGUGGCAACCGUCGGUCAUCGUCACCCUCGUAGCGGCGACGCGACCCUGCCCCCAUGCCCACUCCUCUUCACAGUCACCGUGAUGUCUUUAGCCAGCGUGUUAUCUCUCGUCUUCUCAGUGUAACUGCUUAACUUGUGAAUGUAUGUUAAUGGCUUCGAAGUUGUGAUGUUUUUUUUGCUGUCUCCAAAUCUAAAGUAAUCUGUGAGUAACGAUUGCGCGUGCAAGUAAUUUUCCUCCGUGGUGCAAUGGAUCGGUGCGAUUCGGAGUCGCGGUUUGGUCGGAGAACUCGUGUUGAUUUCACAUCGCGGUCAAUGUCGCAACCUCCCUGUCUCGCUGCCGUGGCUGCAGCGGCCUCACCUCUGCCGCAGUAUAAACAGAACCGCCUGUGGUUUGCUUUCGGCUGUCUUGUUUGGGAGCUGUGCUGGGCGACUGCCGUGUUCGGAUGUCUGCACCCGGUUGCCGUGAGCCGCUCCAAUCGAGUUAGAACUGGAGCUGCCGACUCGGCACCGUGUCUCCAAUUGUUCAAUUUCUUCAACUCGACUUGGGCAGGGGUUCAGGCCGCAGCCAGAACAUUCCGGCCCGGCGUCACGCCGCCCUGGCAACAACUCGGCAGCGAUCCGAUGUCGACAAACGGCGCGGCUCAAAGCGGGCGGCUUGUCGUUUGGCCGCGACGUUCGCCUCUACACUUUUAAUGUCACGAUCACACGUUUCAGCGUAAACAUCCUGCGUGAUAAUACAUUACGUAACAAUUAACACUCGGUAUUUAAUGUUGUCAGCAACGCGGUCCUGACGUUUCCUAAAGGUCAACGUGCAGCCCCGCGAUUGCGCAAGCCACCGCUGGCAAGAGGCCUCCACCCGCCGCAGCACUCGUGAUGCCUUCCACCCGCAAGGGCUUCUGGGAAAGCCCUGCCCAACGCGCGCGGUCACCCGAGUCACUCGGCAAGUCAGGGGAACGCCCAGAGGUCGCAACCGGGUACCCGAUACCCGUACCCUACCCGAUACCCGGGUACGGGUACCUGUUGCGACCCUGGUGCGGCCGGGUACGUGUAGACCGUGAGUCACUGGUGAGUAACCGUUUGUCACUCAUUUCGGGUAGGGAACGGGUAGGUUGUGACCCUGGUGCGGCCGGGUACGGGUAAGGAAUCAAAACCCGUUUGCGACCUCUGGGAACGCCACUUUUACCCCGACUCUGUCCUUCCGAUUGGACCGACUCGGCCUGUCAACAAAGUCACUCGGUCUCAUUGGAGCCUUGAGCUCCCCCUGCCGGCAACGGCGAGGCCGGUGCCGGUCUCCGUGGGAUGCUCUCUCUCUCGUCCCCCGCUGCGCCAAGGCGUUCGUUCCACUGCUCGUACAGAACCGCGCAGCUGCAACGCGGAGUGAGCACUUGCAGGGGCUGCACUUUGACCUGCAUACAGACACAGGUGGGGGGUCCGGCUCCACGGGGAGCGAGCACCGACACUGCACCCUGUGCCCGCAGGUGCGCUUCGGCGUACAGCCCCCCCCCCCCCCCCGUGCUUUCUUCCGAUUGCACCGCGUGCUGCACGGUACGAUGCCCCGACGUUUCCAUCCACGCGCUGCGAGCUUCUUAAGAAACUGAAUGCGAAUUUAUUAACCCUUCGCUGUGAUUAUGAUCGUCUUAACUCAAAACCCUGAAAUGCUGCUGUCUUGUGUAUAAAGUGUGUGUAAGAGGUGCGUUACCCAUCAUCAAAAAACAUUAAACGUCGGUGACGGA